AUGGACAAGAUGGCGCUCAGGGGGAAGCGGUCUAGGCAGGCUUGGGGCCAGGUGGAGUCGGAGGAGGAGCCCCUGUCGGAUUCGCAAGAUGUUGUGGAGCUGGAGGCGGACUGCAGCAGCGACGACGACUCACGGAGAGGGCGGUGCGCGAUAUCUUGGAAGGGGAGCCUGGAGGCCCGGUUUCUGAAGGCUCUGCAGCAGGCGGGAGGCGUCUGGGAGGCCAAGCCCAAGGCCAUCCUUCAGAAGAUGGGCGCCUACUCCACCCAGCUGACCACCAUCCAGGUCAAGAGCCACCUGCAGAAGCACCGCAUCAAGGUGGCCGCGGAGAUGCAGCGCCAGGCGGCAGCCAGCGGCGGCGAGGCGCUGCCGCCGAGCCUGCCCGCGCCCAGCGCCACCGCGCCGCUGCAGCAGGCGCGGCAGGCGGCCCAGCUGCAGCAGGCGGCGGCGCGGCAGGCGGCCGCCGCCGCGGCCGCCGCGGCCGCGCCCAAGCCGCGGCGCCGCCCGCAGAAGCAGUCGGCGGGCAGCCAGGCGGAGCUGGGCCCCUCGGCGCCCUCCUCCGCCGCCCGCAAGCUGCAGCAGCAGCAGGCGCAGGCGCAGCGCCGCAGGCUGGCCGCGCCGGCGCGGCCCCCCAGCGCCGCCGGCCCCUCCACGCCCCAGAAGCUGCCCUUUGAGGGCGGCGCCGCGAUGCCGCUGCGCCACUCCGCCCCCGCCGUGCUCGUGGACACCGCCUCCUCCGGCCACCAGCUGUCCCCCGUGUCGGGCGGCAGCAGCAGCAGCGGCGGCGUGGAGCACAGCCGCAGCCACUACAGCCACGGCGGCGUGCACCACGACCCUUGA